ACCUGAAAAAUAAGCUGUGUCGUGAUACGGGAAUCAAUUUAUUGAUAUUUUUUUGAAAAUAUGUUUAGGUCGUUUAGUAAAACUUAAAUUAUAUUUGCGCUAGGCAAAUAUUGAUAUAACUGACGCUAUGAAUCCGGUACUUCAUUCUGAUUUGAAUUGCAAACUACGUACGAGUAAACAAUGCUGAGCCAAACCCUGGAAAUCUAUAGCUGGAAGAGAAAGUGUCUCAAAUAAUAAAUAACGGGUCGAUAUGAAUAUGUCUGUCUCAGAUUUAUCCGUGGGAUGUCGAUUCUCGGAUUAUUUUAUAAUAUGUGGCCUAGACUUCGAUUCUGGACUAGAAGCUGAUAGGCUUAGUGGUGAUAACUUACAUGUAUCUCCACUCGAUCGUUCAUAUAAAGGGAAGGUUUUAGCUCAUUAUCCAGACAAUGUGCAUAGCAAUCCAUUUGAUGAACAUGCAGUUUUAUUACUUUGCCUUCCUGCUGGUCUGCAAUUUAGAACUCAAAAGCAUACACUUGAGCCAAAGUUUCACAGUUUUGUAGUUACUAGAGAAAAUGCAUCUAGAUAUUAUGGAUACAGUCUUAUAUUCUAUGAAGAAGUUAGAAACAGAAACAUUUGCAGUGCGAUGCAUACAUUGCAGGCAAUGUAUAUCACUGAACUGUCCAGUGGACAAACCCCGCCUGGCCAUCGAAAGGGAUCAGGAAAGGAGAGCUCCCGUUCACUGCCCAGAUCUUUCAAAUUGGCUCCACACACAGGCGCAGCCCUAACAUAUUACGAUAUAACCAAAGAUAAACUCUAUGUAGCCAAAAGUAUAGCACUUAUAUGCCAAUACCCUUAUGUUAGGGUAGCACAAUUAUUCUUAGAAAAUUUAUUUAGGUCAUUACCCAGGCAACCAGGUCCAGGCCUCAGCCCAGAGUCCUAUGUCUAUAAUCUUUUAUAUGAAGUACCAGUGCCAUUGCCCGGCCAAGCUUUACGUCUUUAUGUACCCCCAUCUGAACCACAUCUUGACCCUAUCCCAGUUGUGAUAAGAAUGCCAAAUGCUCCUGAGGAGUUACCUCUUUUAGAUUAUCCUCUACGUAUGAUGUUUUCUACUUUAGGUGUUGACUGUGUAGUCCAAUUGUUUACAUGUGUACUAUUAGAACAUCAGGUUCUACUGCGAUCUAGUGAUUUUAAUAAACUAAUGUUAGUUGCUGAAUGCAUAGUAUCCCUUUUGCUUCCAUUCUCGUGGGCGCACGUGUAUGUACCGAUAUUGCCAGCGCCCCUCUAUCACUUCUUGGAUGCACCUGUGCCGUUUGUUAUGGGUCUUCACGCAGAUAGCGCAGCGAUAACCAUCGGAGGCAAUGGUCCACGGAACAUUGCUUUAGGUUCAGAAGCGGCGCUGUGUUUGGUCGACAUCGAUAAACCUGACAUACAACUUCCCGAAGAGCUGCCAAUACUCCCGCAUAGAACCCCGUUCAUCGAGGAACUCAAUCACGUCUUAGAUAAGCAUCAGAUCCAAAGACCCGAAACUGAACCAACAAAACUUAGUGCGGCAAUGAAUGGAUCAUCGUACAAACAUAACAUGGGUGAUGGAAUGAGCAGCAGUUGUACUUUACCCUCAGGUGGUCUACGUCGUAAACAUUCAUUCCACGAUGUGUUAGAGUGGGAUGAAAGUCGUCCGUUGAACGCAUCCCCGCCCGGCUCACCGCGCCGUGCUCCGCGCCGCCUUGACGCCCUGCAACGCAUUGUCGACAUCGUUAAACGCACAGGCGUGAAUAUAGACGACGUAGAUUCUGAUACAGUCAUGCCAACAGCAAAAAAGAAAGUUCUUAACGAUGAGGAACAGUAUAAUGAAGACAUACGCUUCAACAUUGCCAUUAGAGAAACAUUCCUCAACAGAUUUGUUCACAUGUUCUUGAUGUAUGAGAACUUCGUUAUUAUGCCGGAUCAGGAUCGUGACUCGUGGUUAUCCUCGCGCGAAUCAAUGGUAAAUUUCGACAAAGCGUCCUUUUUAUCGGACCAGCCGCAAAGACACAGACCGUUUCUGUCGCGCUUCCUCGAGACACAGAUGUUCGCAACGCUCGUAGACAACAAGAUCAUGGCCAACUGGGGCGAGUAUGACGCUAAUCUACAGGUUUUCGAACAUAGGAUAAGAGCUGUGAGGGGCCGUCUAGGCGAGGGGGGGCUGGCGACGCGCGUAUACAGCGUGUGGGCAGGAGGUGCAGCGGGCAUGGGCGUUGCGGGGGGCUCGUGGACCUGUGAGGUAGAGGUUGGCGCGCCGGGAGAAAGGCUUCCCCAUAGAGCGGCGUACUACCGUGCCUUUCCCGCGCGCCUCGACGCGGCCGCGCUCGCCCCUCCCCCGCCCUCAGACCGCAGAACUAAUAGCUUGAAGCGUAUAAAGAACGCGAAGUGGCAAGUGAAAGAUUGUCCGCCGGAAUUGUUGCUUGGCGAUAUCGGUAGACGACUGUCGACCGAAGUAACUCCAGCGGCGAUAGCUCAGAACAACAGAACCUUCGUUGAGAAACUGCUAAAGGAAUGCAAAAGCAAAACAAAGAGAAUGCUUCUAGAGAAGAUGGGUACAGAGGAGACCGAUUUAGGUUUAGGAUGUGAAGUAUCUAUAACUGGAGUGGAAGAAAGCACUAUGAUAGCGUCAUUAUGCGAUCUACUAGAACGCCUGUGGUCACAUGGCCUUCAGCAUAAGAUGGGAAAAUCUGCUCUCUGGAUGCACCUCACGAAUUAUCAAGAAUUGGAACAGUGCAGCAAUUCUACGAAGCCUAUCGACCCAAACUAUCUUACACCUGCACUGGCUUGGUGCGUUUUACGUAAACGUUUGGAUUAUUUAUCAUCGGUGGGUGCUGAGGUGGAAAGCCAGCAAACUACAAGCACAAAUAGAUCCCGAGAUAGCUCUAGAGGUGGAUCCCGGGACAGUUCUCGCGACCGUCUCAGCAAUUCCGGGACUUUAGAGCGUAAGUCUUCGCAGCCCCCAAAUCCGCUGCGGCCUUUGCCAGAAAAUCUUACUUUUGAUAUGAGGAAUGUACAAGCAAUGACUGACAUAAAAACAGAAAUUGGUUACGCCCGUGCGUGGGUAAGAUUGUCGUUAGAAAAAAAGUUACUGUCGAAACAUCUUCGAGAAUUAUUAUCGGAUACAACUUUACUCCGGUCACAAUAUAAAAGGACUGCUUUUUUGCGAUGCGAAGAAGAAAGGGAACAAUUUCUUUAUCACCUAUUGACCUUGAACGCUGUUGACUAUCAUUGCUUUACCAACACAUACCCGACUACAAAGUUGCCAUAUCGUGUAUUAAUUGUACCGUCUCGGAAAGCUAGUCAAACUACUGCCAAUUGCUGGCUCUCAAUUUCGGGAGCCAAUGGAGAAUCAACACCAAAGAUACCCAUUCCAAGAAACACCAAUGAGUUUGUAUUUCAUCACAAAAACCUAGGUGUCUUAUCUACCUUGCGUAUUGGUCAUGACAAUUCUGGGUUGUCGCCCCGCUGGCUUCUGGACCAAGUUUAUGUCCGAAACGAGGUGACUGGACACACAUACACGUUUCCAUGCAAUAGGUGGCUCGGUACAGGGGUGGAUGAUGGCUCGACAGAACGAGUUGUAGUAGCGGCACGAACGCGUGACCGUUCCCCGCGCACCCCCGCCCCCGCACAACACGUGCUUUCCCCCACCACGCAUCUCUCCACGUCUACUAUACAACACAUGAUAGGUGAUUGCGUAAACGCGAUAGUAAAAUGGCAUUAUCAAUCAAAGCGGGAAAAGGACGCAAAUUCUUUGAGUGUAUUACUAUGCGGGGAAAAUGGCUUGGUGAAAUGCUUGGAGCAAGCUUUCUUAUGUGGUUUUAAGUCUUCCCGUUUGUUUGGAAAAAAUCUCUUUAUUUGGGACUAUUUUGCAAGAGUAAAGGAUGAGUUCAAAAUGAGUCUAUGCGACGAAUCUUCUAACCAAUCGAACAAGAGCUGCGGAGUUGCGUAUAACUGCAGACAAGACCAGGAGCACAGGGCCAUAUGGAGGUGCUAUUGCCAUCUUAUGGAUGAGAUUAGUUCUGUGGGGCGAUCGCUUGGCAAAGACGGAAAGUUUCAACUCUUCAUAUGUCUUAGUCUUAGAGAGCACUGGCUUCAUAGAAUGCUGGUGCCGAUGUCCUUGACACGUGUUACCAUCGAAAUGUAUGAAGAGCAGAGUUUCCUGCGCAAGCGCGGCUUGCUUACCUUCCUCAGACAAAUACUCGAACCGUUGGACGAAUUCGAUAUAGUUUUAGAAAAUUCUCUUACUCAAGGCAUUUAAUUCGUUUUAGCAGUCAGAUACUUUAUAUUUUCGUACUUCAUAUUUCAGGAUUUAAUUUUUGAUCUGCAACUAAAUUAUUGGAUAAAUGAUAUGCCUUUAUUAGUCCGAUAUAAAGAUAUUAAAAUGGAUAAUUCAAUUAAUAUUUUUGGGCAGAUAAAUACAGAAAUUCUAUAACUACGUAGUCCAUAA